AUGACGAAUUCUGCACCAAAAUUGAACAACAAAGUAGAGCGGCAUGGUUCACCAAAUGUUGGUGUCGAGCGACACCACCGCUCUAGUGCAAUCAAAUCGUCAACGUUCUUCCAUAAUGGUGGAAGAUCUUACAGCAGAAAUUCUACUGGUCGAUUGAGCUGCAGCCCUCAUUAUUCGUCCAAAAGUACAAGAAAUUCACUGUUACGGUAUGAUUAUAGUCCUCGGGGUAGUCCAACAAACAGCUUUUACGCGGGUGCAAAGUUUUCUGAACCACCAUCUCCUGCGAGCCUUCCUAAACCACCGAGCCAUUGGACUACGAGACUGAUGUCCAGUUGUCAGCAAGUAGACAGGAGUUGCGAUAUUUCAAAUCAUCUGAAGAUGAUAUUAAACGUCCAAGCUUGA